AUGGAACAACGGAAGAGUUAUUCAAGAUCAUCUACAUGAUAUAUGUCUCUAUAUAUAUGUUAGUCAGUCGAGUAUCGAUUAUCAUAGGAAUUCCACGAUGAGUUUUCUGCUGCUUCUCUUCGCCUUGGGAUUGGUAGUGGUACCUUUGGCCAAUUCAAAACAAUUGCCUUCCUACAUCAAACCAUGUAGCAAGAGCGAUCUCAACCUAAAUGAAUGUGCAAAACAACGAGGAACUGAGGCAAUACCAUUAUUGAUAAGAGGUGAUAAAGAUUAUAAAAUACCAAGUUUCGAGCCUGCCCAUAUUUCUCUUGUGGACGUAGAUCAAGGUGAACUGAAGUUCAAGUUGAAAGAUGUACAAUUGUUUGGUUUGAACACUUCCCGUAUCCUAGAUGCUAAGCUGGAUAUGAAAAAUAAACACUUCUAUUUCAAAGUCUUCAUAGAUGAAACCAAGUUAACGUGUAAAUACGAAAUGAGUGGGAAAGUGGUUUCCUUUGCUGUCGAAGGAGAAGGACCAGCAGAAAUCGUUUCAACACAUAUAACUGUGGAAUAUUUCUUUGACUAUGACCUCAUAAAGAAGAAGGAUGGAAAAGAGUACUUCAAUCUGGACACCUUAAAAUCAAAUCUCACUUGUCAUAUUGAAAAAUCCCAUUACAACUUCGAAAAUUUGUUCGGAGGCAACAAAUUAUUGGGUGACAACUUUAACAAAUUUUUAAACGAAAACACAGAGGCAGUAGAAGAGUCUGCUGGAAAAUCGAAUAGGGAAGUGAUAAAUGCAAUCGUUUCAAGCGUUUUCCAUGGAAUUUUCCGAUAUGUGCCAUUCGAUGAAAUGUUUCUGGAUUAGUUAAGAAAACUUUUUGUGUUGUUGUUUUCAGGAAAUAUCAGAAAUUAUAAUUAUGUCCUAACAAAAAGGUCAACAUGGUACUUUCAGUGGAAUAUGUUUUAUAUAUUUAAUCUUCAAUAGGGAAAAAUCAAACGAAUUUAUUACAUCUGUGGAAGAUA